CCAUCCCGAGAUUUCAAUGAGGAUAGAAGCCUCGCUCCACCCAGGAACAUGAAGGGCUUAUCAGGUGGUCGUGCACCGCACCAGAUUCCCACACUACCCCCGUGUGGAAUGGCGGAGUGCGAGCAUCUCCAUGACCUGCACGGCAUGCAUGUGUCCGAUCUGCGCCACACCUACCUGCUCAGCCCCACGGAGACCUGCGUCAUGGACUUCCAUCACCGUCUUUCACCGCGCAGCUCCAUCCACUCCGACUGCAUGAUCAUGUCACCUAUGGCGUUACCUUCCACUGUCCCUGCCGACCAUGUUUCCAGCAGCACCUUUCCCAGAAUGCACUACAGUUCGCAGUACUAUGACCCAGCUGCCCGGGAAGACUGUGCAGCCAUCACCACCUCAGCCACAUCCGCAGCAGCUGCCGCCGCUGCUGCCGCCGCAGCCUCUCAUCACGGCAGCAGCAAGAGCAACCGCAUCCCUGCAAACCUUUUGGACCAGUUUGAAAAGCAGCUUCCCUUCCAUCGUGACGGCUUUCACACACUGCAGUAUCAGCGCACAUCUGCUGCUCCAGGUGGGGAGCAGCGCAGCGAGAGCCCCGGUCGCAUCCGACACCUGGUGCACUCUGUCCAGAAGCUCUUCACCAAGUCCCACUCACUAGAGGGAUCAUCCAAGAUGAAUGGCACUAAAGGGGAAAGCGGAAGCGGGGGAAGCCAUCACCAUCACCACGGCAGUCAUCACUCAUCAAAACACAGCAGCAAGCGCAGUAAAAGCAAGGAGCGCAGGCAUCGGUCUGGGACAGGGGGCUGGUGGAGCUCGGACGACAACCUAGACAGCGACAGCACCUACAGAACAGCCAGCGCCUUAAGCCGCCACCAUCACGAGCAUAUUGGUCACAGUUACCCAGAAUCCAUCCACACGCAUUUCGGAGAUCACUCACUCAAAACCUCCAAGAGCAACAAUGACGUCAAGUGCUCGGGCCGUGAGGGUCUGUCUAUGGCACCUGAUGGAAAGUUCAUGAAGAGGAGUUCCUGGUCAACGCUCACUGUCAGCCAGGCCAAAGAGGCUUACAGAAAGUCCUCUCUCAACCUGGAGAAGCCCAUGAUGCAUCAGGACCUUAAACCAUCUUUCCGGUCCUCACACUACCUACAGGUGCCUCAGGACGAGUGGGGAGGUUAUCCAGGGGAGGAGGAGAUUCCCUGUCGCCGGAUGCGUAGCAGUAGUUACGUCAAAGCCAUGGGAGAUGAUGAUAGCGGUGAGUCCGAUUCCAGCCCUAAGACAUCACCUCAGAAGACCAUUCGCUCCGAUGCCCUUGUCCUCAAAUCUGCCCUGCAGAGACCACACAUAGACACCCAAAGCUCGGGCUACCACUUGCAAACAGUGAGAGAUAUGCGCCCUCACCCCAGCGUGACUCUGGAUCCAUCAACCAACUUCAACCCUCCACAGUUUCGCUCCAGAAACCAGAGCUACAUGCGUGCAGUCAGUACCUUCAGUCAGGCAAGCUGUGUCAGCCAGGUGAGUGAGACUGAGGUCAAUGGCCAGUUUGAGUCAGUUUGCGAGUCCGUUUUUAGCGAAGUAGAAUCCCAGGCCGUGGAGGCCUUGGACCUGCCCGGCUCUUUCCGCACUCGAAGCCACAGUUACCUGCGCGCAAUUCAGGCUGGGUAUUCCCAAGAUGACGACUGCUUGCCUUCAAUGACAUCCUCUACUGUCACUUCAACUCUCAGAUCCACAACAGCGACAGUAACAUAUACACCAGACUACAAGAAGACUCCUCCACCUGUUCCUCCUCGAUCCACCACUAAGCCGGUGAUUUCCGUAACAGCCCAGAGCAGCACAGAGUCAACGCAAGAUGCCUAUCAUGAGGGUCGGCUGCCCCGUGGCACAAUUUGGGCACAGGACAGCCUUGGCCGGGUCAUAUACAACUCCACCGACAGCUUGGACAGCGCUAAAGCUGUGACGCUUGCAAUGGAGUCCGCUUCUAAACGCCUCACAUCUGCAGGGAGCUACAGUUCAGUCCAGACCUGUGACAAGGCCAUCCUGGUGUCCAAAGCAGAGGAAUACCUCAAGACUCCACGAUCUUCCAUCGGGAUACAGGUGGAAGCUGCCACAGAUUCUGAGACAGAUAGUAAAGGUCUCCCACAGUAUCAGUCCGUGGGCAUCCAGGUAGAGGACGAGAAGAGACUUGGACGCUUUAAACGGUCCAACAGUGUGACGACGGCAGUUCAGGCUGAUUUGGAGAUGGAGGGUUUUCCUUCCACCGAAGAUAAGAGUUUGCAGUUUGGAGGUUUUCAGAGGCAUUCUGAACCCAGUACACCCACACAGUACAAUGUGGUUCGGACUGUACGUACACAGGGUCUUUUCAGCUAUCGUGAGGACUACCGGCCCUCCAGUGGGCCGCCCAGCCCGCAGCCCGAACCCUGGUUGGUGGAACCCGCUCAUGAAGCAGCCGAGUCCGGCCGUGUGUCUCCGCUCCGCCGUGACGGCAGCUGGUUCAUGCAACUUCUGCACAGUGAGACCAAACGUUUGGAGGGAUGGUGUAAAGACAUGGAGCGCGAGGCGGAGGAGCACGACCUGUCGGAGGAGAUUCUCGGGAAGAUCCGGAGUGCUGUGGGCAGUGCUCACCUCCUCAUGUCCCAGAAAUUCCAGCAGUUUUACUGGUUGUGUCAGCAAAAUUUGGACCCCAGUGCGAUGCCCCGGCCCACAGCUCAGGACCUGGCUGGAUUCUGGGACCUCCUGCAGCUCUCCAUUGAUGAUGUCACUGCCAAGUUUGAUGAGCUACAGCAUAUCAAGAGCAACGAUUGGAGGUUAAUGGACAGCCCAGAGAAGAAGGAAAGAAAAUGGCCACCUCCUGUUACAAAGAGACCUCCUAAAGGUCGUGGAGCCGUCAUGCGUGAGCGUUCGCUGGAUUUGCAGGACCGUCAGAGGCAGGAGGCUCGCCGCAGGCUCUUGGCUGCUAAACGGGCUGCGUCUUUCCGUCAGAGCUCGGUUACGGAACGGGCCGACAGCAUAGAGAUCUACAUCCCUGAAGCCCAAACACGCUUAUGA